CCCUUCAGCUUCUUGCGGACUGUCCUCUUUCUUCUCAUCUCUCCAUGUCUAUAUAAACUUCCAGAAACUCUCAAUUACCAACUCACUUGUUUUCGCUCUCAAGGAAUUGUAAGGUUAUGCUCCUUGCAGUUUAGUAAAUUCAGCCACUAACAUGCAUAUAACUUAUACCAAACCAAUUCCAAAUUUUCACUCAUGCAGUUUCUGAUCACAAAUGGAGUGCAAGCAAACUUUUAAAAUUUUCUGCAAGGCAGGACUUGAAUUUGCCCUCACAAUAAGAGAUGGCGAGGUCGUCCUUGCUCCAUCUAAUAUAUUAGAUAAGAAUCAGCAUUGGUACAAAAUUGAUAAGAUCCACAAAAAGGAUGAUGAGGAUUUCCCAGCGUUUGUUUUAGUAAACCAAGCCACGGGUCAAUCCUUGCGUAAUGCCUGUAGAUGCGGUGAAUCUGUACAAUUGAGUUCAAAGGACCCAAAUGUUCAGGAUACUUAUUUACUUUGGACUGAAGGGAGUGUUUUGGAAAAUGGCUUUAGGGCAAUACGGAGUGCUAAUAACGCCUGGUUGUAUCUGGAUGCUUUUGGCGGGGACCCUUUUAGUGAGGGUUUUGUGCAAGAUGGCACCAAUGUUGUAGUUUGCAAUAGGAAUAAAAGUGACACUCAAUGUUGGAAGAUUCUUCCAUAUUCAGCACCAUUUAAAAUCUACUGUAAAUGCUCACCCAAUUUUUAUCUUACAAUAAGAGAUGGCAAAGCUAUACUAGCUCCAGCUAACCCCUUUGAUAAAUUCCAGGUAUAUGUAAGGCAAGGAGGGUGAUUUAAAUAUAAUCAGUUUCAUUCUUCCUUCCCCCUUGAAUGCCAUAUACUGAGUCAUAAUGUAGUAAUUCUUGAAUACCAUUUGUAUGAUGCUUCACAUUGGUUGCUGCAGCGCUGGUACAAGGAUAGGAAGUACAGCAAUAGAGUAAAAGAUGAGGAUGGUUUAGCAUCUUUUGCAUUGGCUAAUAAGGCUACUGGCCUAGCCAUUAAGCAUUCUGCUGCUGCUUAUCAACAUGUACAAUUGGUUUCCUACAACCCAACAGUUCUUGAUGAGUCUGUGUUAUGGACUCAGAAGAAGCUUUUGGAUGGUGAUUAUAAAACCAUAAGGAUGAUAAACAACCUGCGUCUAGUUUGGCAUGCUGCUGAUGAUGACGUCCAUGAUGGAACCAAUCUUAUAAACCACCCAUGGAAUGAAGAAGACAACCAACAAUGGAUUAUUGAACCAUACUGAAAUGUAGUGAGAUGGUGCAAGAUCCAAAAGGCGAAUUCUGUUGUGCUUACCAAAAUAGAGGACUUUACCAGUACAAGUUCUUGUGUAUUGUGCUCUGUUUUAACUUAUGAGUGCUAUUCAAACUUGUGGACAUGAUGAGUUUUCUUCUUUUUUUAAAAAAAAUUUUCUGAUUGUGGUUUCAGCAUUAACUGGCUAUUACUCAAAACACGAAGGCCCAUUUGAAAUAUUUAGGCUUUGCUUUUCUGAACGACGUUGUCUGACGAUAGUUGAGGUCAUUCUUCUAAAUUAUGUUAAGCCACUUAAACAACGUCGUACGUCAUCCUAGCUACCCGGCACCGUCCAUCCUCCGUCGUCCGUUGUAUACACUCUUAAGCAGUGCAGAGCAAGACUAUUUCCAG